ACACACCCACACACGAGUGUUAGGAAGUCAAUAUUGGUUCUCUAUCUAGAUCCGCUUCUGUCACAAUCUCUCGAGUUAAAGAUGGACUGGACAUCACUUUAUGCGCUGUUCAUAUGUGUUUCAUAUGUUAGUUCAACAAAACUACAUGAAGCAGCUCGAGUGAAGGUCACACAUGCAGGUAUAACCAGGUUCUCUUUUGAAAACAGUAAUAAUAAUUUGGUGAAGCUCGUCAGCACCUCUGGUAACAAUAUCAUCUGGGUCGGAGGAAGCACGGUCCUCUAUUCCAUCAGACCAACACAAUCCUCCAAACCCCAUCAGGUGAACCUGUCUCUUUGUGAGGAUAAAGGGAAAGAUUCACACAACUCUCCCCGUUUACACCGGAUCUCUCUGCUCAGAGAAGGCGUCGAUGGAAAUCUAUUCAUUUGUGGAUUAUGUGAUGAAAAUACAAAGUGCUGUGACUUGGGCUCUGAUUAUUCUUCAAUCAAUUGCUUCACGUCAGAACAUUAUGAGCCAGAUAUUAAUGAGCCGUCAUUACUUGUUAAUAAUAUGCUGUACUUCAUCAAGCCUGAGAAGGGAUUGUACAGAAUAAACAAGAAUGACAAAAAUGACAACAUUUGGCCUCAGCCGAGUCAAACGGAGCAAACAUACUUGAAGCUGAUCGCUGGUAAAGGCGAAGACAAAGUUUAUUCCUUCUUCGCAGAGAAAUACAAAAGUAAAGAUGGUGAGAAGUGGAUUGCACGAGUCUCUCAGAGCUGCAUGAAUGACAAAGGCGGAAAUAAAAAUUUGCUUCAGAGCAGCUGGACAUCCACGAUUUACAACCGUCUGUUCUGUGGGAAAGAAUAUGAAUUCACUCAGAUGAUAGAUGUGGCCACAAUAGAGACAAACAACGACAUAAAAAUUUAUGCGCUCUUCAAAAACUAUUGGAACAUGAGCGCUGUGUGCGUUUAUAGCUUGACUGAAAUCAGCAGGAUAUUCAAUUCCUCUGAAUUCAACGCCACCAAUGUUCCUUCGACUCACCGGCCUGGAACGUGUGUUGCGGACAGUACUCGUCUAAGCACUGAAGUGCUGGGGUUAAUGAAGGAUCGUCCAGAGAUGAAGGAUUGGGUGAAGCCAGAGAACGGCCCCCUGUUGUUCAGACACCACCAUUACACUCAUAUACAGGUGGACCGGGUACGAGACCACACCGUCCUGCUUCUGUCUCUAGAAAGCGGAGGGGUUCAUAAAGUGCGGGAAGAUCCCGUUUUUGUGAUUGCGGAGUAUCUGCCGUUUCCACGAAGGACGCACAUCACCAGCAUGCUGCUGGACGCUUCGGAGAAGCGUCUGUAUGUGAGUUCCAGUAAUGAGGUCGUUCAGAUUGACCUACAGAGAUGUGAUGAUUAUGGAGAUGACUGCAACCAAUGCACAUUAUCUCGAGACCCCCACUGCUUUUGGAACGGUUUGCAGUGCACCUCAACUGCAACAAGCCAAGUCCAGGAUAUCAUUAGCUGUGAGAAGCCUCAAGCUUCACCAUCAAAGACUGAAAACAGACUGAAGACGCCAGAGCUUCUCCAUGUCCCUCCAUCCUCUAAACACUUCUUGCUCUGUCCAGUGACGUCACUCCAUGCCACAUACCACUGGAUCCACGAUGAAACACCUGAGGAUUGUGUUCAAUCUGAGCUGGGCUGUUUUUACCUCAUUUACAGCAUGAAUACAAGUUACGAAGGGGAUUACAGGUGUGUAUCUUCAGAGGAAGGCUAUAUUAGGACAGUCAGGGAAUACCAGCUCAGCAUGAGCCGCUCAGAAGCAAUCCGUCUCUCUCCUGCGCUCUUACUGCUGCUCACAGCCUCUCAUGUUACUCUUCUUCUGAUACUCACCUUCUGAAAAUGUUACCUUGAAGUUCCCAGGUAAAAAAAAAAAAAGGGCACUUCCAUAAUGUACUUAAAGUGCUCUAUUUUUAAAAUGACUAAAAGCAUUUUUUAAAUGCUGAGAUAGACAUUUAAAAGCACAUUUUAAUUCCUAUUCAUGGUCUCAAAAUGGUAAAAAAAAGAAGAAAAAAAAAGCUCAAUUUUCAUGCACUAAUUUUGUACUUAAUAUACAAAAAAAGAUUCUUUAGUACUUAAACUUAAGAUCAUCUAAGUGUACUCCGCUGUGUUAUUUUGGGACACUAUGAAUAUGAAAUUAAAUGUGCUUUUAAUAUACUAUUUAUUUAUUUAUUUACAUUACAUUUGACAUUUAAUCAUUUAGCUGACACUUUCUGGGCACAGUCCAGGAAAAGGUCCGUGAGAGUGAUUUUUAACUUCUUUGGGAUGGCACCACAAGGCGUCAUUCAGUUGCAGAGCGCAAACUUCUGGAGGGCACAUAAGAUUUAACCAGUGAGUUUAGGUAUGUUGGUGCCGUGCCGGUGGUCGUCUUGUAGACAACCAUCAGUACCUUGAAUUUACAUUUACAUUUAUUCAUUUAGCUGAUGCUUUUAUCCAAAGCGACUUACAAUUGCUAUAUAUGUCAGAGGUCACACGCCACUGGAGCAACUAGAGGUUAAGUGUCUUGCUCAGGGACACAUUGGUGUCAACCAGUGGAUUCGAACCCAGGUCUCUCCGACCAAUGGUAUGCGUCUUAUCCACUGUGCCAUCACCAAAUUUUUUGUGAAUUUGAUGCGAGCAGCUACUGGUAGCCAGUGUAACCUGGUGAGGAGAGGAGUAACGCGAGCUUUUUUUGGCUCAUGGAAGACAACCCUCACUGCUGCAUUGUGCAGGAAGGGUUUAAUCUUCCUAAGUCAAAUCUGCAGGACCCGGUCGUUGUAGGUGAUGGUCAUCAGCUAGAAAUGUCACUCAGACAGGCUGAAAUGCGAGCAGCUACCGUCGGGUCAUCUGGUUGUAAUGAGAAGUAGAGUUGGGUGUCAUCAGCGUAGCAGUGAUAAGAAAAGCCAUGCUUCUGAAUGACAGAUCCUAAUGAUGUCAUGUAGAUGGAGAAGAGAAGUGGUCCAAGUACUGAGCCUUGAGGAACCCCAGUAGCAAGGUGGUGUGACUUAGAAACAUCACCCCUCCAAGACACACUGAAGGAUCUGUCAGAGAGGUAGGACUUAACCCACAGGAGAGCAGUUCCAGAGAUGCCCAUCUUUCUGAGGGUGAACAGGAGAAUCUGGUGAUUAACAGUGUCAAAAGCAGCAGACAGGUCCAGUAAGAUGAGUACUGAGGAUUUUGAAGCUGCUCUUGCUAGUUUCAGGGCUUCAGUAACCGAGAGCAGAGCAGUCUCAGUUAAGUGGCCACUUUUGAAGCCAGAUUGGUUGCUCUCCAGGAGGUUGUUCUGUACAAGGAACAUAGAAAGCUUGUUGAACACAGUUCGCUUAAGUGUUUUUGCAAUGAAUGGAAGAAGGGAUACCGGUCUGUAGUUUUCAAGAAGCGCUGGAUUUAGAGAUGGUUUCUUAAGCAGUGGGGUUACCCGAGCCUGCUUGAAUGCUGAGGGAAAUGUUCCAGAGUGAAGAGAGGAGUUGAUAACAUGAGUAAGUGAAGGUAUUACUGAAGAAGAGAUCGCUUGAAGGAGGUGAGUGGGGAUCGGAUCAAGUGGACAAGUAGUAGGAUGAUUGGACAGGAUAAGUUUGGAAACGUACAUCUCUGAGAGUGGAGGGAAGGAGGAGAAAGAUUUAUUUAAAAUAAAAAAGGUAUUUAGUUUCCAGUUGUUGUAAACAUUAGUCUUGAAAAAAAUGCAUUUUUAAAAAAAACAGAGAAAGUAAUUUAAAUGUGCAUUUUAGUUCCUAUUCAUGUUGUCUCAAAAUAGCACAGUUCGUUAAACUUAAGUUUAUCUAAAAUAAUCAUUGUUAGUAAAUUAAGUACAAAAUUAGUACAUAAAAAUAGAGCACUUUAGUUUUAUUGAAUAUUAUUGCCAUAUAGAAUCAUUUAAAAGCUCAAAUUGGUGUCAUGAGUGGUUUGAUGUUUACUGAUGUUUUCAGUGUUUGUUCUACACCUUGCACUGAUGAAUCGCUCAUAUAUUGGGAACAUGGAUAUGUGUGUAAAUGUGACCCUGGAGCAGAAAACCAGUCAUAAGGGUCAAUUUGUUGCACGGUUAUGUGCUGUAAAUACUCCCGAUGUUUUCUGUAUACGUGCCAUAUACAGUCAUCAGAGACAAGAGUAUGAAACUAACGAGGUCGAUGUGCGAGAGAAUCAGUUUGUGCUUGAUUCGAUUCAAUUCAAGUUUAUAUAGCGAUUUUUAUGAUACAAAUCAUUACAAAGCAACUUUACAGAAAAAUUACAUUUCUACAAAAUUUAGUAGUACCUUAGUAAUUAUUAUAAAUUUGCUAAUAAUUUUAGUAGGUAAAAAAAAAAACAUUUCAAGAUUUUUUUAAAAACAUUCUACUUAGAAUUUUAGUAGACAAAUGAUAAUUUAAAAAGUUGCUUAAUUUAAAGAGUUUAUAUCUGUUAUUUUAACAUGAGGAAAUGAAUUAAUCGAUGUUUCUAAAUGUUUAACUGCUAGUGUAUGCAAUGAAUGUAAUAUUAAUAUCUCUGUGUAGCCUGACGUGAUUGUUAUUUCUACAGGACUAGUGUUAAGUUCAAUAAUUUAUCAUUUAGGAUUUUGAAAUGGGUAGAAACUGGUAGAACAUUUCAUUUGAUCAGUUCACAAUGUACCGCGGCGGCGAUUUCUUCAUGUUUACAUCACAUUAGACACUGAAGUACCAAAGCAGGUGUCAUCUUGUAAAGAAAGAGUUAAAGAUUGUGACACACUGUGGUUUGGAAAUAUUUCACAACUGGUGUCACAACACUUUUGGUUUCAACAUUAGGGUCAGAGAUGCUUUAAUUUUAAAGUUUGUUACUAAAGGACUUCUUUCUUACAAGUCAAUGACACCUCAAAUCUAAAGACUUUUAGAUAUUUUAAGCAAUUGUUCUGCUUAAAAUCCUUUUGUUCCUGGUCAAAAAAUGACUGCCCUUUUAAAAAUGGUUUAUUAUACAGUAUUUUUAACAUAAAACUUUUUAUCAACUAGUUUUCUUUCAGUCAGCAUGCACCGGUUAUGUAUUUCUGAUUGAUUGUAAGUCUCAUUGAUCUGAGCUUGAUCGCUUUAGUUUUUGAGUGAACAAACAAAACAAAUACCAUUAUUUGUGAAUAAAAUGGCCAUGUUUUACUCUGAGAUCAAUGAGGCCUACGAUCAAUCAGUUUCAGAAUGAAAUACAAAACCUAUGCCAAUUACAAAAAGAAAAGGAAAAGAGUUGCUAAAAAGAUUGAUGACAAAUAACAUGAACUUGUGCAAUAUUUUUAUGGCAGUCAUUUUUGACUAAGUAAAACAUGAGGUGGGUGUUUAUUGUAUAUAUAGAGAAAUAUUAGAGAUAUAUAGAAAUAUAUAUAUAUAUAUAUAUAGUAAGAGAUACACACACAGGGAAGUGGUUAAACCCUGUCUGAGCAAAUUCAGUGUGUUUUAUCUUCUCUGGGUUCAAAUGAGCAAAACAGCAUGAGGAUGAUCAGUCUUGCUGAGAGCUGUUGAAUCGUGACUUAUUCAGUGUUUUUUCACAAUAACCAAUGAAUUGUAUCAGAGUUUAAAGUUCAUUAUAAACUGUGACGCUCCAUAAAUCUGAAUGUAAUGCCUCGACUGUUUGCAUGAAGUGAUGAGAGUAUUUAUAGAUGUGAAUGUGUGAUAACGAGGUGAUGGGUAGAUUGUCCCAAUCUUGGUUUAUACUGUAUGUAGAAACAUCUAUAAGAUUUGCAACAAGAUGUACAUUUUUUUUCUCUUUUGUACUGCACUUUCUGAUUUAGAUCAUUGUAUUUAUUGUAAUGUGAAUAUCCUUGAAAUAUGCAAAAGUUCCAAUCUCAAUGGAACAAAAAAAUGCAUGUCUUUCUUCAUUAAGGGGAAGUAACAAGCCAACACACCCACCCACAAGAGGAUCUGGCAACCCACUCUUCUAACCUCAGGGAACUGGAAUCAAUGUUUCUACAUUUCAUGAUAAAAACGUCAUUAGCCAUUUAUUCCCCUCGAGUGUUGGUGGGGUUCACAUUUCACACACUGACUUUUCUAAUUAAAGCCUUUGGUAAUGUCCCUAUUGCUUACA